AUGGAUCAUUUAUUCUGGAGAGUUCUACCCAAGAUGAAUGAUCAUCAGUUUGCAUGGAUACUAUGGUAUAUCUGGAAAGCAAGGAACAACAAGGUUUUUAGUAACCUGGAUGUGGAUGCCAGGGAUACACUGACGUUGGCUGAAACGGAAUCUACUAUGUGGGCUGCGGCCCAAGAUUUGAGUAUCCGACAAUCCAUACCACCGCAAGUACAUCCGCCUCCCUCAAUUCCAGGGAGAUGGUGCUUCGUAGAUGGUUCGUGGAAGGAUAAGGACUUUUUCUCGGGACAAGGUUGGUUCAGUACUCUGGAGGGUUAUGAGGGCUUAAUGGGGGCACGAAAUGUUCGGGCAAAGUGA